AUGGAAUCAUGGCGGGCGCGAGGGUUCGUACCGGACUCGGACUCGGAGGACGGACUCGACAGCCAAGAGACAGGAAACUUGAACAAUGCUGUCGAAGAUUCGGUCGCAAAUAUUGGUGGCGCAGUUGCAGUUAUCGUGGAGGAAACUACUGCCCUGGAUCAACGGGAUGAAGCACAACAUGAGGUGCAGGCAAAUACCUCUCAGGACAGCAAAGUCGAAUGUGACCGUCCUGUGACUCUUCCUGUGAAUCUUAAUGGUGCCCCUAGGCCAACAGAAUACCCUGACGGGCCUUCUACGGCACCGACUGAGGCUGCCAAUGAGAGCAGCAAAGCCCAGAAACAAUUGCCUGGGCUUCUCGAGGACAAGGAGACACCUCGUGCUGAGGAGAAUACUGAAGACCCUCACAUGCCUACACAAUCUUCGGAAAUAGCUAACAAUCGGUCAAAGUCCGUCGACGAGGACGACAAAUCUGAGGAAUCAUUGCACGGACUCUCUAAAGAUGAGGUAACUCCUCGUGCCAAAGAGAAAAUUGACGAUUCUCUCCUGCCAAUGAAACCUGUAGAAAUAGCUAAUGCUAGACCGACGACUGCUGAUGAGGAACCGUCGCCUGGACCCGCUGAGGAUGAGGAGACUCCCCGUGCCAAGGAAAAGGAUAACUCUCGACUCCCUGCGCAAGCUUCGAAUACAACUAAUGGUAGCGCACCACCUACCCCACGAGCCAAGGAGCACGACAGUAUAUGGGAUUUCCCAAGUUCAGAAGACGAGCUGCAAUUCGACUAUCGACCGUUUAGGAGACCGCUCCAUGUGUACUCAAGGAAUAAGCCCGACAGUCAACCGCGGCAAGUUGAAGGGAACUAUGAUCUUUCGACUCCUUCAUCCCCUCUGUCGUCUCUGGACUCCCUUCGCUUUGAGGAGGAUGACCAAGGUGACCAGGAGAAAUCAGAACAAGCAGAACAAGCAGAGCAGCCAACGAACGAUUUUAUUGAGGAAUUGCUCCCUCCGCUCGAUCUCCCAGAGGAAAUACUGCGGGAAAUGUCACCGCCGGCGCGGAGGUCAUUACGAGAGCGUAAAGCUAUCCAGUUGCAUCCUUAUAUGUUGGAAGACGCCAAGUAUCGGAAUAUGAUGCGCGCAGGAGGCGUCAAGCCUGUACGAGUGACGCAGCCGGAAUUGACUCGGGCUACAGGCGAUGAGAGCCAAGGCAAAGAAUACGUUGACGCCGCUGAGCCCAUGUCCGAUAGCUUUGGAGCAGAAUUUGAGUUUCAACCCUCAUCACCGAUAGAGACUCGUCCUUCAGAAAAACGGCUGUCUAGGAACUCCCCAGAACCUGCGCUACAACAUGGUUCUCCACAAUUAGGUCGCUCUCCAGCUGGCGUGCUAGAGCGGCAACCGAAAAGGCGCAAGGUGUCAAGGCCUCAUCACGAGCGUCGGCCUCCUUCGCGAAAUCUGCAACGACCAAGUGUAGUAAUCGUGAAUUCAUCUCCCAUGCGUCAAAAUAAUGCACCGGUCUUCGGUGUUCCAAGCCCACCCCGUUCGGAAGAGAAUGUUACUUCUUCGCCCGCCACAGGACCCUCCAACGUUUUUCGAUUCCCUCGUGGUUAUACCCCACCAUCAGUGACUACCAAUGUAAAACCAGGGCAGGGGGCUAUAGCUCAAGAGGAGGAUGGGAUGGACUGGUCUGGAGGUGAAGAGGAUGGUGGACCUGUUGAUGCUCAUCUGGAAGCGAAUCCCACGCAGUCAAACUCUGACGCCGAGGAUGCAAGCGCAGUUGAAAGCGAAAACGAGGACUUUGAUGUCAGACUCUAUCAGCGUCGAAUCAAAGGGGUAUUACCGGCGUCAUGGCUGAGAUUGGAUCAAAAACAACAAGAAGGACGCUUGAGUGCUACGCAGCGACAGCGCGAAAGGAUGCAUUCCAGGACGGAAAAUGCAAAGGGCGUUGCACGUAAAAUCACGAAAAGCAACAGUGCAGCAAUGGCAUCGGGCUCAAACGCGAAUCUUUCCUCACUAAGACAGCUUGCUGAUCCAGAAUCUGGUGAUGAAGAUGAGGCCGACGACGGGGACGAUACGGUCAAUUCCCGUCAACUACUAGCUAACCUUGGGCUUGAACCGUUCGAUGACAAUGACUUCGGAGAGGACAUCCCGGAAGACAAUCGGAUUGAUUACAUGCUCCCACCAGCACCUCGUGCCCCCUCAACCAAGACCCGGCAGCCAGGAAAGAAACGGCCGACGUCGGAGGGUGAUAGCAUGCGCUCAGCUCAUGCGCCCAAACGCCCUCGGAUGAAGAGACAAACAAGGCUCACGGAUCCCGCCCAUGGGUCUAGAAAGCAGAAGAGACCUACGCCCAGCAUGCCUAGGAUUGGAAUCCUGGACGCACCAGAUGUUGUCUCUAGGUCCCGCGGUGAGCAACCGCUCUUUCUCAGGAUUGCUGCAAGAGAGGCACGCUCUCGUCAGGACAAAGGGAGACGAAGUCCCACCCGGAAAUUCUUCAACUUCAGUUCGCGCGUGGAUACGGAGGACGCCAAUAAGUCGCUGCACGAUUGGCAAGAAGGACGGCUUCGACAGACGAAAUUGCCUCCGUCUCGGCCCAAGGCUAAGGUCGCUGGGCGACAACCGCUGGCUGUUCUUUCUUCGAACCGGCCAGCCAGAUCCCAUGGAAGAGUCGCCGAAAGAGCGAGCGAAAACCGUAGGGUUAAUGCUUCGUCAGGUCUCCCAUCCAGAGCCAACAGUACAGCCGAUGAGCACGCCCCUAGUACACAACCUCGCGUUCCUGGCCAAGUGGCUAAGACAGCUGUUAACUCCAGCAAGCUGAUGCAACCAGAGCAACGGCCAAAUAAGUGGAUUGUUCGAAGAAAUCUUGCUAUCACUUCCCUGACCAGGCAAGACCCGCGGCCAGCAAUGCUUGAGGUAGCAAACCCUCGUGGCAAGCCUGUAUCACCAUUGUCGUUUCAGAGGUCGCUCUCUUUGCUUGACCGAAACUAUCGGCACAAACACCUACCGAAAGCACGGCAGAGUAACUUGGUCUUAGAUCGCUUCAUCUCAAGCCGCAGCUCAUCUCCUGCUACUGCUGGCGCCCAGACCACUGGUACGAGUCAGUCUGCGAAUAAGCCGGAUGUCAGGCCGCCAGGGGCGCGGCCACAAGCUCAGCGCCAAUUGAAGAAGCGGCCGCCGAAGCGGCUGGCAGUCAAUGACAACCAAUUUCAGCGACCUUUGGUUCUAGAAUCAACGGAUCCAGAGCCCCUCCUACAGAAUGGAGAUUUGCCUAUAGACAGCUCAUCUGAUGCGCUACAUGGGUUUAAACCUUCAUAUAGCGUGGCCUUCAACAUAUUUCCCUUGUCUACAGGCACAUUCUUCCACCAAACCACAUUUCUCGGAAGUGGGCAGUUUGCGCACUCUCUGGAGUUCCUCAAGAGAGAUCUUGACAGAGAUGCUGGCUUUCUCUCGUUCAAGGCUGGGGAUAGAGCUUUUCGUUGGGGCUCGUGGAAUGACGCGGUGUCUUCGGAGUUAGGUUUGGUCUUCGACAGCAUGAUUGAGACGAUUGAGAAGAACGAUGCCGGACUGACUGGAACACCGGGGCAUACUGAAAAGAAUGAUUGUAGCUUAUACAAGUGCCUGAUCAAGUAUGUUAGGGAUACGCUCUCCUUCAUCGACCCCGUCGACAGGAUAGGGUUCGUGAGACGGGCUCUGAGCCUUGUCUGCAAGCUCAAUGAUACUCUGACAACUCUGGCCCCAAGAUCUGAGCACGAGAUAGACUACUUGGCAGCGAUAUGCUCGUACAAUUCUGUAUUUACGUACCUACUUCUUCAGAUUUCCGGGCAUGACCUUGUCGAUGAUGCACUUACCCGGGAGGUGUUGGGUUCGUUGACCCGAGCCGCCAAACAAACCGUCACCCUUGUCACGACCCCAUUGGGACAGAGCAGUAUCCGCAGGCUGCUAGCAAACAUCGAGUCUCCUGAGAAGCGCGACGCAGGAAUUCAGGGCGACCAUCUUGUUGCCGAAGCCUAUGUUAUUGUCCGACACAUUCUUCGCGGUACAGAUACACUAAAAGGGUGUCUUGAGGAGCUUCUGACGGAAUCCUACGCGAGUCAAGAUAAUGACUUGGUGAACCUGGCAGAUAUCAACCGGCUAGAGCGGGUGUGGCACUGUGUAUUCACUACCUUGCCUUUGGACGAACUCGAUGCUUCUGGCAUUGCUCGAAUAGGGUCGCGCUUCUGGGAAGCCCACGGGAACUGGGCCAUUGUAAAGACACUGCUCCGUCCAGUACUGGACCGUUAUGAUGCCACAUCUAUAACGCAGCCGAUCUCAUACUACAAAUACUGCAGAACACUGUUCCACAGAUGCUUCUAUCUCAUUAAUGGUUGGGGCUGGAGAGACUGCAAGCCAAUACUCGACACUCUCUAUGAUUUCUUCGCGAAGAACACUCUGUACAACCUGAAGCACGAGGAAGGUUAUAGGUCUCCUGCGUUCCUCGACGAACUCGAUCAGAAGCCUUCCCUGGAAGUGCAAGCAGACGACCCAUGUUUCCACAUUCUGCUGAAGAUCAUUGCAAGUGGUCUGCGUUACUUGGUCAAAAUUUACGACCAGAAGAAGGUUCGCAAUUUUGCGUGGCGUCUGCUGCCAAACCAUGGCCGCGUAUAUCCAAAAGAGAAGCCCAUACGUCAGGAGGACUUGGAUGCACUGAGGAACCACCAUGAUCUCCUGUGCACAUUAUAUUACGCUGUUCCAGACGGGUGCCGGCCUCGCCUUCAGACAAUCAGGGACCUUGUCCAUCCGGCCAGCUCCCAUCGUGAGACAUGCAACAUCAGUAUUCGCUCCUGGGCUAGGCUUGUCCGCUUCAAGCUCUCGACAAACGAAGAUGUGGCUGGGCUCGAGCCAUUUUCUGACUGGCAUAAUUAUUUUGUGUCCGAACUUUUGAAGCAGCAUGCACUUGCACGCCAAGAAGUUGAAUCACAGAAUGCUGCGGGCAACAAGUUCUCCGAUCAGUUAGUUGAGAGAACGAUUGCACAGAACCAGCGACAGAUCGAGUCCUUGCUGAAGACCGCGCUCAACGGUCUGAAUAGUGCUAUUCGCUCAGCACCAACAUUGCAACACGCCCAUAAGCUUGUCUUGGGAGCACCUAUCAAAGCACUACUUGGUCUCUUUAACGCCCGGAUUGCUCGUGUCAAUACCACUGUUUCUGAUGCGCUCCAAGUAAUUGUCACUUACGUUCAGAAGUGCGACUCUCCUCCAGCAGCUGAAGAAGCAAGUGCCCCUGUGGCGGUUGAUGAAGACAGCCAAGAAUAUGGGGACUGGGCGGACAUUGCGGCUGCCUAUGGCGAGUCUCCAGCGAUAAGUCCGGAAGUCGAAUACGUGGAGAAGAUUCUUCAUCCUGCUGUGUUCCAACUUAUAUCGAACUGCUUUGGUGAGGACUACUGUCCUGAAGAUGCAAUCCUGCUUAGUGUUGUGGAGUGCUGGACGUCUAUUGCGCAGACCCUUGUCAAACAUGGCUUGCGACAUUGGGACAGCUACCUUAGUCCCUAUAACGGUGACUCCUGGACAUCACUCCGAUUGACGAUGCAAACAAGGAAGUUCACGCCUCUCUUCCUGGCAAACAGCAUUGAGAAAGAUCCGCGGUUUGCGGCAGAUUGCAAAGUCCAGGUGAUCGGGAUGUGGGUAUCGAGUCUGGUAGAGCGAGUCUCGAUGUUGAAAUACCAGCAUCGCCUAACAGAAGCUUUGUUGAAUCAGGUGGUGGCGGAGCCGCUAUUGCAGAACCUGCCUUUUGCCAGGGACCGAAAAGAAGGAAAGUAUCUGAUUUUUUUGGAGGAUCUAAGCCAGCGCCGUGUUUCUCUGAUAUCGAGUGUCCUCUCCAACAUGCGUGCGCAUUUGCAAUUGCUGGAGGACGUAAAAGCCCGCGAGCUCUCCACUACUAAGCAGGAGUACAAGGAGAUCAUUCAAAAUAUGAUGUCCGCCAUGAAGGCAAACUACCUGGAACUGGGUAACGGUGCAGCCAGCGUCCAGGGCGCUUACGUGGACUUUGUUCAUCGGAUCGUCGCGUUCCUGCAGCAGCACAGUCGAGAUAUUUGCCCUAUCGACCCCUUCUUUACCGACCCUGCGUCGUUUCCUCUACCUUCUGGUGAUCCGACGUAUAUUGUGGCCCGGUUGAAGAGCUACGAGCCGAAACUUUCCUCGGAGAAAGUAGCAAAGACGCUCAUCAUGUUCGUCCAAAGCGUUUCUGAGCGAGCGGCGAUCGAUGGGCAGCAGGACUACCUCGUCAAUCAGCUACACGCAUCCAUGGCAGACACCUAUGAGGCUGGCCUUCCCAAUAAGCCAACCCUGAGAGCGACCUUGUUGCAGGCGGUGUUCCCAGCUUAUCUCGAGGCAUCCUUCAGCAACCCAGCAUGCUGGAUUCUAAGCCGGCCCAUCAUCCAGACCAUCACGCUCGUCUUCCAGGAUCUCUUGUUCAAUAUGGACACCACGGACUCUGCUUGCGUGGCAUCAAUCGUGAACAUCAUCCACUCUAUCUUCCAAGCAUCACACACCGCCCUCCUGUCCAUGGCAAGCAAUGCCACCAUGUUGAACGAUCCUGUCGUGGCACUCAGCGCCGCUGCAUUCAUCAAGAUGAUCACAGCCGCCUUGCCAAUCAUCGACUACAUAGACCGAACAACCGACAUGGAUCAAAGAAUCCUCGCCCAGGUCCACGCCUUCCAACACUACGUGACCUUCGCCACGAGCCAUCUCGACCAACCCCUCUCAACCACAGACCUGUACAAUAUGCCCCACUCCACCGAAGCUUUCAUCACAGGAGAUACCUCCUCAUCUAUAGCCACGAACCCGCCCUUCUUCCCCGAUCUCCAGCGUUCCACAGCUCGAGAACUGAACCUCUACCUCAACGAGAGCUGGUCCCGUCACCAAAAGAAAUUCUACUUCACCCGACGAGGCGGAUAUCAUCCGCAAGAAAUCAGCAUCCAGCCUUCUGUCGCUGCGGGACUCGAACAGCCCCCGCAGAAGAUCCUUGGUCCUGUUGUCCAGGAGUUCUUGGAUGUGGCGAGAGGACUCGAUCUUGAUGUUGCUGGUGAUGGUGAUGUCGUGCAACUGGAGGAUAAUCUGUUUGCAGUUCAAGAUUCGGAUCAGGUGUCAGCGACUGGAUCUGGGGAUGAGAAUGCGAUAUAUACUCUCGACCUCGUCGAUGUUAUUGGAUACUGA